AUGGCGGCCGGGCAGGGGGGCGGCGGCGGCAACGGCGGCAACGGCAAUAACGGCAACAACGGUCCGGGCGGGCUGGGCAUUCCCGCUCACCUGACGCUCUCCUUCUCGUCCGGGCCGCACUGGGGCGCGGCCACGCUGCCGCAGGCGCACACGGUGCGCAGCCUGGAGCGGGCCCUGGAGGAGGCGGGCAGCUCGGGCAUCCUCUGCUUGAGCGGCAGGAAGCUGCGCGACUUCCCCGGCGGCGGCUACGACCUCAGCGACACCACGCAAGCAGAUCUUUCAAAGAACAGAUUUACUGAAAUUCCACCUGACGUCUGGCUGUUUGCACCACUGGAAACUUUGAAUUUGUAUCACAAUUGCAUCAAAUCCAUUCCAGAAUCUAUUAAAAAUUUGCAAAUGCUUACUUACCUUAACAUUAGUCGAAAUCUUUUAUCAACGUUGCCAAAAUACCUGUUUGAUCUUCCACUUAAAGUCUUGGUAGUCAGUAAUAACAAGCUGGUCUCCAUUCCGGAAGAAAUUGGGAAGUUGAGAGACCUAAUGGAAUUGGAUAUUAGCUGCAAUGAACUUCAGGUCCUUCCCCAGCAGAUAGGAAAACUACAGUCACUUAGAGAAUUAAACAUCAGAAGAAAUAAUCUCCAUAUGUUGCCAGAUGAAUUAGGAGACCUUCCCUUGGUAAAGCUGGAUUUUUCUUGUAAUAAAAUUACAGAAAUUCCAAUUUGUUACAGGAAACUACGUCAUUUACAAGUAAUUGUUUUGGAUAACAAUCCAAUGCAGAUACCACCAGCACAGAUAUGUUUGAAGGGUAAAGUGCAUAUAUUUAAAUUCCUCAGCAUUCAGGCGUGCCUCAGAAUAGAUAAAAAACCAGAUUCUUUGGAUCUUCCAUCACUGGGUAAACGAAUCCCCUCCCAGCCACUCACAGACAGCAUGGAGGACUUUUAUCCCAAUAAGAAUCAUGGACCGGACUCUGGCAUUGGAAGUGAUAAUGGAGAUAAAAGRUUAUCAACAACAGAACCAUCUGAUGAUGACACAAUCAGCCUUCACUCCCAGGUAUCAGAAUCCACAAGGGAACAGACAUUAAGGAAUGACAAUCAUGUAGUGGGAAGUAAACUCGAUCCGCAGAAAGACCAGGAGGUGUAUGAUUAUAUUGAUCCGAACGCAGAAGAGGGAGCUGUUCCUGAGCAAGGAGAAAUACAGAUUGGACCAUUGCUGUCUUAUAUGAAGGAGCGGAGGAAACAUCCUGAGAAAACCCAGAAGACGGAACGGAAUGAGGAGUGGGGAGAUGAAAAAAGACUUCAGAAAGAACAGCUGCUGGCUGAAGAGGAUGAUGAAAUUAAAGAAGUGACUGACCUGAGAAAAAUAGCAGCUCAGUUACUGCAGCAAGAACAAAGACACAGACGAAGGCCAUUAAGCUAUAGGACUUCAUUCAGUGAAAAACUCUUCCAGAGGACAAGGGCGGCAGGACGUGCAUCAAGGCUUCUUAAUCACUCAGCUUCAGUAAGCACAAGGAACAGACCAAAGCAGCCAACGGAAUCUGAAAAAUGUAUCUCAGCAGAUGAAGGGAAUUCUCCAUUGUCUCCGUACAGUUGGCAGCCCUUGGAAAACCAGAAAGAUGCAGUGGAUUGGCCAGAGACACAGCCAGUGAUUUGGCAGAAUGAAGAAAGGAGGAGAAGUAAACAAAUUAGAAAAGAGUAUUUUAAGUAUAAGUCUUCCAGAAAGAGUUCGAGUGGAAAUGAAAAUGAUGAGCAAGACAGUGAUAAUACUAAUGUGUCCCCACAGUCUCCUGUGUCGUCUGAGGAUUAUGAAAGAACUGACAGUACCACUCAUGGUCCGUUUGGUCUCAAGCCAAGGUCAGCUUUUAGCCGUACAUCUCGCCAGGACUAUGGAGCAGUGGAUCCCGGAUUUACAAUGCGAAGGAAAAUGGAGCAUUUAAGGGAAGAAAGGGAACAAAUAAGACAACUUCGCAAUAAUCUCGAAUCAAGGUUGAAAGUAAUUUUGCCAGAUGAUAUUGGAGCAGCAUUGAUGGAUGGAGUCGUUCUUUGCCAUUUAGCCAAUCACAUAAGGCCACGUUCUGUUGCCAGCAUUCACGUACCAUCGCCAGCAGUGCCUAAACUCAGCAUGGCAAAGUGCCGAAGAAACGUUGAAAACUUCCUUGAUGCUUGUAAAAAGUUGGGCGUUCCACAGGAAAGACUCUGCUUGCCUCAUCACAUACUGGAGGAAAGGGGUCUGGUGAAAGUUGGCCUCACAGUUCAAGCUCUGCUUGAAUUACCUGCGUUGAAACUAUCCCAGCUUUCCUCCAUGUAACGUGACUUCUUGGAAGCUAAACAACUUACCAUUCAGUCUGUUGAUACAGAUUGCUCUGGGACAAUUUAGCUUCCUGAACUGGAACAUCCAAGCCAUCACAAACUAAUAUGUGUCCAGAUGCUGUAGAGAGCCUUACUUUGGAGUUGUGCGUAAAACCUUGGAGUCAGCUGACAGUUAACAGAACAUAAUGUUUUUUUGUAAUUGGAGGCACGAAGAGAUUGAAGUUCUCUUUCCAGUUAACRUAAAUCAAAAGCUGCCAUAAAAGCUGCUGUAACAUCCCCAUGAAGUUACAGCAAAAAGAUGGAUUUCUUUUCCUGCRUUGAAAAUGCUGAAUUUCUUUAGAAGUACACCACCCUAAUCCCUCGCUUGAAAGAUUAGUCAUUUGACUUAGAAGUAAAACAAAAAUGUAGCAUUGAUAUGAUGGUAAAAUCUGAGUGACUGAUCCCAUGUAAUCCACUUCUGCGCUUUCAGAAAGCUUAAAGUUUAGGUUCUUUAUUUCUUGCACUCCUGAUUGUAACUCUACACACUUCUAACAUUGCCAGUAUUUAGUCUGAGUUUAUGGUAAUUAUACAAACAGCAUAGAAUGGGGGAAAAAGAACACAUUUUGAGUUUUUCCAGUCUUCUAGGUUGGUGCCAAAUAUUUUUUUCAGUUGUACUGUAGAUUGUUUACAUGUGAAGUGCCUGUGUAAUUGAUAACUCUUAACAGUCUUAAACAUUUUUGCAAUUUCUUUGUUUAAAAUAGAUACAAUGGGAAUUUUUAAAUAUUUUAAUAGUUUUUUGUAAAGUCAGUAUGUGAAGAUUUGAAUAAUACUUCACUUUUUUGAUGUUGGAUGUUUUAAGUUUGUUGCACAAUUUAAUUGAUUAUUUUAUUGUCUAAUGAUUAGAAAAUACUGUAAAUACAUUUUAUUUAUGAUAUUUAAUUUGAUACCUAAUCACUUUUGUUUUAAUGUAUUGUUGGAGAAAAAAGGUCGUCGACUUUCCUUUGUUUGGGACAAACAGUAAUGUACAUGGUGAGUAAGACGUGAGGACUAGUGAUGCAUACAAAGUAAUCUGGGACAUUUUUGAUAAAACUACCAAAAUCUCAGGUUUAUGCUGUGACUUUCAGGAUUUUAUGUAAUAUUGUUCCUGAUUCCACAUUACAUUUUUACCACAGCUAUAUUCAUAGUUCAAUUGACAAAUAUCAGUGUUGGGAUGUUUGUUUUUCCUGUUUACAGGGUUUAUUGUAGAAUUUACACAAGUGCGUGGCAUAGCACACAAAUCRGUUUGUAUACAUGUCACUGUGCUGAGACAUUAAAUGUUUCUGGACAAAUGUAGAAAGAAAAAAAAUAUUCCCACAGUGGUGGUGGUUGAACUUCUAGGUAUAUAUAUUUAUUUCUGCACAGGUUCUCAGUGUUUUGAGACCUUUCUGAAACCGUACACAGUUCAGUUCCUUUGUAAUUUUGUAAUUUUUGUAAUAAGUCUGUUUGCAUUACUUUGUUCUUUACAAAUAGGUAGAUCAAAGGGUAGGGGGUAGAAAAACAUGUUAGAUACUGACUGUGACACUGAUAUUCUGGCAUAAGCUGUUAAUUAGGUCAAGGGAUAUGUUUGCCAGUGUGCAACAGAAUUAAAUUCUGCUCUUGCCAAUUUAUCUAGAAACCAUAUGAUAAAAUUCAUAAAAGAAUGAGGGAGGGAUAUCAUUUAUUCCUUAGUUAUAAUAGUUCUGAGUAUUAAUAGCUGAGAAAAAAGAACUUCCGGUUACAUUUUUUUAGUUUUAAAGUUGCAUUAUUUUAAAAUGAAGUGAAGGAGACUGAUUCAUGUGUAAUUAUUAAAUACACUAUUGUUUAUAUAGUGUAUUCUCAAAGCACGACUUACUGAACAGUUAGUUAAAAAUUAAUUUUUGAAGUCAUCAUUACCAAUUGUWGGCUACAUAAAUAUUUACUAAAGAAAACUGGAUUGCCUUGACUUUGAAACAUGCUAGUUUAUUUAUCUUUAAUUGUUUUUCAACUCAUUGAGA